CGGGCGAGACGGCGGAAGAAGGGUCUGCUCCCGGCGUCGCGCUGCAAGCGUCGCGCUGUUGUUGUCCUUUGCGGCAGGUCUCCGCGUCUCCUGCAGAUCGUCCACUACUCGCGGCCAGCAAACGGACAAGGGCACCGCGGCAGGACGUCAUGCCUUUCUUGGAUAUACAGAAAAGGUUGGGCAUUGACCUAGACCGCUGGAUGACAAUCCAGAGUGCUGAGCAGCCGCACAGGAUUCCGUCUCGGUGCCAUGCUUUUGAAAAAGAAUGGAUAGAAUGUGCACAUGGAAUUGGCACUAUCCGUGCAGAGAAAGAGUGCAAGCUAGAAUAUGAAGAUUUUGUAGAAUGUAUGCUUCGGCAGAAAACGAUGAAACGACUAAGUACCAUCAUGAAGCAGCGGGACAAGCUAAUAAAGGAAGGGAAGUACACGCCUCCACCCCACCACUCGGGCAAGGAGGACCCGAGGCCCUAAGCAGAGCAGCUGCUGGUGCUGGAGGCUGAGUUCCAUGUUUGUUCUUCUCUGCUGGGAAGUUUAUAUACUGAUAACCUCUUUGUGACAGUGUCUAAAAAUAAAAGAUUGCUCCAUCCUA